GGCAAGGUCGGGGAGAGGCAGGCAGCAAGGAGGAGCAGGAGGGAGAGGGACGCGUUCUGAAUCCCGACGAUCUCCGCCCGCGCUCGCCACGGCCGCUGCCGCCGCCGCCACCAAAAACAAACUCGGGGAGUGAAUUUCUCCUCUCGCUCCCGUGAGCCGCAGCGAGCCGGGAGCCAAGGAGGCCAUGUCGGUGGCUCGCCACUCGGGGCUGCCCUCCGGGGGCAGGCAGGCUCAGAGCCGCGCCGGAGAUCGGACAUCGUCAGGAGCAGCAGCAGCGGCGGCGGCGGCGUCAUCGUCGGCAGCAUCGGCGGCUGCUGCGUCGGAAGGCGUGGUGCUCCGCCGGCCCCUGCUGCUCUCCAGGGACGAGGUGCUGUCGGCGGCCCCGCGCAAUGGCCGCGAGCGCGGCGGCACGCGGCUAGAGCGGCCCGUGAGCCGGCGACACACGGUGGACGGGGCGCGGCUCAACGACGCCGACGCCGCCGUCGGCCACGCGAGCGGCACUCCGGGCCCGCCGCGCCUCACCGCCACCGUGCCGCACGCCCUGCGCAGCGGCGCACCGCCCAGGAACCACGAGCGGGGCCUGUACGGGAGCUACCGGCACCUGCACUCUCACACGGCACCGGCGCCCGUCGGCUCCACUAAGGGCGUAAUGUACGCAGGCUCUCCCGACAUGGCCGACUACGGGGCCUACCCGUCGGCGCACGGCCAGGAAGUGACAUCAGAGGCAGACGGCCCCCGCGGCUUCACACGCGGCUCUAAGCAGCGUGCCUCACUUCCUGUCAUCCGCUCCACCAAUCAGAGCAAGGACAAGCCGCUCGGUAUGCUGUACCUGCAGUACGGUGGCGAAAUGCGGCAGACGGUGAUGCCCAACUCGGUGACGACGAUGGACACGGUGCGGGCACUGUUCGUCAAGGCCUUCCCCACGGCACUCACCAUGGCACUGCUCACCUCGCCCGACGCCAUCGUGUUCGUGGGCGACCACAAGCAAAGCUCCUUCAACCAGCUCAAUGACAUCGUCGGGGAGGUGAGGGAUCAGGCGGUGCUCAAGCUGGUCUUCAUGGAGCCAGCGCCGGUUGCCUACGGGGCCCCUCGCCCCUCCAACGGGGACAUGCGGGACGAGACGCUGUGGCGCGUCACCCCCGCCGCCGCCAAUCCCGGCUACGCCUCGCCGGCGCUGCCCUCCCCGUCCAAGCGCCACUCGGGCUACGGUCCGAGCCCGGGGCCUCCCGGCGGCACCUGGGAAUGGGGGAACGCGGGCCCGCCCGGCGUGGGCCCCGGGGGCAGGGGCAGCCCGUCGCCGGCCCCUCGCCAUCACCUCCAGCAGCCGCCGCCGCCUCCCUCCCCCGUGUCGCCCGGCGCCAUCCUGGAGCGGCGAGACGUGCGCCCGGACGAGGACCUGCGCAACCGCAACGUGGUGCUGGUGCGCAACGAGGGCCUGCGCUCCGACCCCGUGCUGCUCGGCUACUACGCGGACGCCGGCGGCAGCGUCGGCAGCAGCGCGCGGCAGAGCCUCGCCUCCAACGCCAGCUACGCCAGCGAGCAGCAGUACCAGGCGGCGGCGGCGCGGGCGGUGGCGACGGGCGGGUACUACGAGCAGGGCUACGCGCGCGGCUCCGGCAGCAUGCGUCGCUCCGACUCGGCGCGGGACGGAGGAGGAGGCGGCGGCGUGCUGGCGUACGCGUCGCCCGGCCCCGCGAGGUCGCGCACCCCGCCGGCGUCGUUGCACUCGCUGCAUGGCUACACGGUGGUGCCCAUCGAGUUGGAUGGCGGUGGACGGGGGUCGAUGGUGGAUGGGGGUCGAGGGCCGGCGGCGGCGGCGGCGGCGUCCCUGCAACGCGGGCCGCCCACGCCCAGCUCGACCGCGACCACGCCGCCCAGCGGCGACUCGUGGGGCUAUGGCCGCUGGGAGCGGUCGCCCUCGGGGAACAGCACGUCGACGCUCGCCAGCGACCGCGACAGUCGGGAGAAGAUGGAGAGUAUGGAGCGCAAGGUCACGAUGCUGACGGAGCUGUUGCAGCGCACCAUGGGUCCGGAGGCGCUGGAGGAUGCGCUGAGCCGGUGCGGCGCCGAGGACGCGAGACUGCGGGCGGCGGGGAUCGGCAGUGCCGGCGGCGGCUCCAGCGCGACGCCAGCACCCACUCGCCCGACGAGCUCCGCCUGCACGCAGACCGACUCCUCGGAGGGCGACCGGGACCCAGAUUCCCUGCGGUCGGUGGCGUGGCGACUCAAGGAGACGGUGGGACAGCUCCGCACGGACGUCAAUCAGCUGCGACACAUGCAGAUGAGCCACAAGCUGGCGUGGCAGACUGUGAGCCUGGCGACGGCGCGCCAGGUCCUGGGCCGCGCCGCCGAGGCUGCCCGGCGCUCGGCGGCGGAGCACGACGACGGCGCCCAGGCCCGGCUCCAGCGGCAGCAGCUGGAGGAGAGCCGCGCCCACUUCGUGGGGCGCCAGCACGCCGUGCAGCGCCAGCUCAGCGAGCUGGAGGGCGGCGUGCAGCAGCUGCAGCGGGAGCUCUCCGGCGCCGCCGGCGCCGACGGCGGCCGAGCGGCGCUCACCGAGCUGGACGAGAGCGUCGCGGCGCUCCGGCACGUCGGGGAGGGCGUCUCCGAGCUGCAAGCCCAGUUCUCCGUGCUCCAGAUGCAUCUGCGGAGCCUCCUGAGAGCCGAGGUGGAAGCCGUGAAGUUUCUCAACGACGAACCUCACCAGUUGGAGGGGCUGCACAGCAGGUGUCACGCCAUCAACGAAGCCAUCGGCCUCCUGCGCAGGGCGGUAGCAGAGGGCGUCCCUGUUUCUUCGCUGGAGCUGCCUCGCUGGGAGCGAGAGCCGGUGCGGGCCGAGGGUGGGCCGGACGCCACGGAGCCGCCGGGCGACGCUGCGUCCCCGCAGCCCCGGGCCGUGCCGCGUCACCACAAACCGGCGGCCGACGAGGGCCGGGACCUCGCUGCAGGAACCGCUGCCGCCACCAGCGCCGUGGCCACCGCCGUCACCGCCACCGCCGUCACACUCGCCGUGGCUUCCCCGGGCAGUCGGAACCAAGAGGCGACAUCGGCCGCACCCGGUGGUGCAAGCAAGGAGGGGCAUCCUGUGAGCCGCGUAGCUCGCGGGGUCAAGUCGUCCCGGCAGCAGCAGCAGCAGCAGCAGCAGGAGGAGCAGCAGCAGCAGGAGCCACGCACGGUGCCACCGCAUGGCGGGGAUCGGCCCGACGGACGGGGCCGCUCGGCCGCCAAGCAGCUCUUGGAGGCGGCUCCGAGGUCGCGGGGGGCCCAGCACAGGGAGGGGCCCCCCCCACCUCUCCCGCCCACCCCCAAGCAGCACCGCGACGGGGGUGCCGCGCACGUCAUCGGCAGCGGCGCCGCCACGGCUGCCACGGCUGCCACGGCUGCCACGGCCACGUCCACCGCCACCCUGGAGAUCGUCAACAGGAGCGUUACUCUCGACGAGUUGGAGCGCGAGCUGGAGGAGCGACGAGCCAGCCGGAGCCACUUCAGCGAGCGUGACUUCAACCGCGUCCUCAACGAGGCCGAGAACACCAUGGCUCUGAUGUCCCCCGUGGGCGACGGGCGGGCGCCGCCAGCCCCGUGGGACCAGCAGGGGGACGACGGGCAGCAGCAGCAGCAGCAACAGCAGCAAAAGCAGCAGCAGCAGCAGGCUCGUCCUCGGGAAGGCCUUGGCACGGGGCCUUCGCAGGCUCAGGCGAGGGAGGCGCCAGCAGCACCGGUGGGAGCGGUGGCCCCGGCGCACGCUCGUGAGGAGGUGGCCCCGGAGGAGCCGGUGGUGGCGUCGGCCGUGUCCCAGGCGCAAGCGGCUCCGCCCGCAAGGCCCCAUGGCGCGGCCCCGGAGGUCGGGGGUCGGCCUGGCGCCGCGCCUCCAGCUGCGGACGACGAGGCGGUGGCCUCUCCCCCAGAGUCGCCCGGCGCGCCGCCCCGGCCCCCACCGCCGUCCGCGGCGGCGACCGCCCCCAGCCCCGCCGUAGCGCCAGCGGCCGCGAGCUCCGGCUCUCCCUCGGCGACCGCGGAGGAGCAGGAGGAGGAGGAGGGGGGGGACCCCCCUACCCCGCCCCCCCGUGGGCCCCAGAGUUUCUCGUUCGGCCUGACGACCGGCCGCUCCGGCGAGGUCAUCCUGACCAGCCGCAAGGAGUCGACCAAAUCCCCCGCGCCGCCCACGAAGUCUGACGCGGAGGCCAACGCAAGUGUAGCGGAAGUGUCCAGGUUAGUGCCCCCCACUCCGCCGUCGUCUUCCCUGCCCCCCAGCGUGAACCGCACGCCCAGGCCCCCCGUGGUGGCGUCUGAGUUCGACAGCGAGGAUGACGAAGAGGAGGAGGAGGACCGCAUCCUCGCCGAGCUGCAGGCAUUCCAGCGGAGCCCGGCUCCGGUGCGGCUAAGCGUGGACACGGUGGCGAUGGCGGCCGAGGCGUGCGAGGUGUUCGACAUUGGCGCCGAGAGGGAGGUGUUGACGGACAGCACGUCCUACCUCCAGCAAUCCUACUACGUCCCUUACUUUUACUGUACGCUCACUGAGCCCUGGGACCGGGCCGCAGCCCACCUCUUUAUAGACGAGGAGGGCGCCGACGCUUGCCGGGGGAUCGGCGGCGGCCCAGGGCUGCCGUGCAGCGAGGAUCUCAGAGUCAUUUCUCCCACAGGGGAAGAGAUGAUGGUUCACUCUUGCAAAUUCACUUUCCCGCAAGCGCCCGGCGAGAGCCAGGAUGAUGCGUGCACCAUCGUGUAUUACGAGCGCUCACCCGAGCUGCCCGGCUCUGCGGAGGUCACAGGGUCGGGCCCGCACGAGCGGCCCGCCCGUCCGCCGAGUGGCUCCGAACAGCCCGAAGAGGGCCGCAAGCGCAGGGCGCAUCCCUCGGAAGGCCUGGCCGCCGCCAAACGAAGCGUCACCUUCUCCCCACAAAUCCAAACGCAGAUGGACGAGCCGGCGGGAAGGCCGCCGGCGGAGCCUCGCGCCACGGCCGAGGACGCGUCGGCGGUCCCGCUGGCCAGCGGAGGGGGGACGUCCGCCGGGAACGGCGCGGCACGGGAGGGCGCCGGCGCCAUCGUGGCGGCUUCGGAACCGGGCUUCCCGCAAGGCCCGGUUGGCGCGAGCCUUCCCGCCGGGGCCACCAGGGAGACGUUCACGCAAUCGUCGGCCCGUGACGGCCAGCAGAGCACGGUGACGGUGUACCAGCAGAGCGGCGUGCUGGACCGCGGGGCGCAGGCGCCGAAGACCAUAACGAUCCGCUACAUCGAGGAGAUCACCUCGGAGACGGUGCCUCCCGGCGGUGGCAGCGGUGGAGAAGAGGAGGGAGCGGACGGCGUCGUCAAGGAGAAGCUGGCGUUCCUCAUCCGCGAGAGCCACGUGCAGGCCAUGUCGCACGAGCAGGCCGCCCAGAUUGUGAGCGGUGCCGGCGACGAGAUCACCUCGCUCAUGGUGACCAACAAGGCGGGGCCGGGCACCGGCGCGGGCCACGGCAGGGGGGGGCGCGACGGCGCGGACGCGGCGACGGGAGGGGGGGGCGGCGGCGCGGCGGCCCCCGGCUACGCGCACGGCGAGGCCCAGACCUCCGAGACCUCCCAGACGACGUACCACAGCAAGAAGCAGCCCAUCAUCGUCAUAUUCGACGAGCCCAUGGACAUCCGCGCCGCCUACAAGCGCCUGUCCACCAUCUUCGAGGAGUCGGACCUGGACCGAAUGGAGCAGGACUGGCAGAACCAGGGCGACUCCUCGCCCGGCCAGCGCAACUCCACCGCCGAGCGGGAGGCGGAGUUCUCCGACGUGGAGAUCAGCCAGAUGCCCGAGUCGGCGCAGGAGCACGCGGGCGGCGCCGCGCCCUGGGACGACGCGGAGGCGGCGCGGCGAGGGGGGGCGCGGGGGGGGUGGGGGGCGGGCGCCACGGCGCCGACCAAGGGUAAGCACGGCGCCGGCGACAAGGACGGCAAGACGACGUCCUCCUCCAAGUUCCGCAUCCGCUUCCCCCGCAAGCAGCUGGCGGCGCUCACCUCGGCGCUGCGCUCGGGAACGCGCUCGGGGAAGAAGACCCUGGAGCUGGUGCCGGACGGGGACGAGCGGCCGGAUCGCGAGCACGCCGCCCAGGGCAGGGAGGCGCCGGGGCCCGAGGGCGGCUCCUCUCGGGCGGCUCUGGUGGGUUCCGAGCAGAGGGGUUCGCAGGUGGUAGCCAAAGCGGCGGCGGCGGCGGUUCCACCGCGGGGCCCUCAGGUCGGGGUUGCGGGUGAUGAUGAUGAUGGCGGCGGCGGUGGCGACGGUGGCGACGGGGGUGGUGGCGGAGGCGGCAAGGGUGAAGAAGAAGAAGAAGGUAUGAGCAUUGAGCGCACGGAGGAGAUCCGGCAAAACACCUACCGCAGCCUGGACAGCUUGGAAGAGACGAUCCGAGAGCUGGAGACCACGAUUAAGGAGAUCUCCGUGCCCAAGACGCCACCGCCCGUCGAUGAUAAAGCGGCGGCGGUGGCGGCUGCGGCUUCACCACAGCAGAUCACGGAGGAGCGGCCGCGAGAAGAGAAAUUGAAAACCAGCGUAAAAAAACCAUCUGUAAAAUCCAAACCACCCCUGCUACCAAAGCCAUCCCUGUCUGCCGAUCAGUUGCUACAGGGCCCCCCCGGCACGUCGCCGAAUGCUGUGACCCCGGUGACCCCGGUGACCCCCACCGGUGGCGGGGGAGGCCACCCCUCGGCGCACGCUCCCAGGGACCCUGGCGUGCCGCGGCAGGCGGGGCCGGCGGACGGCGCUCAGCAGCAGAAUGGAAAAUCUCCGGCCGACGCGGGAGACCCCAACGCUCCGUUGCAGGGACACAAGGCCAUCCGCGUGUUCCACUCCUUCCGCCACACCGGUCGCACCACCAGCAGCAGUAGCAGCAGCAGCAGCAGCGGUAGCGGCGGUGGCAGCGGCGGUAGCGGCGGGGUGGGAUCCCAGGGCCAGCAUAAAUGAGGGCGGCGCAGCGCCGCGGUAGCGACUCGCUGCUCGGCCACCGCCGCGUGCGUCUCGUUUGUCGGUUGUGAAUCAUGCCGAUCGUGUAGUGGUCCUGUACGCGAUGAACUCUACAAGCUGUUUGCCUCUAGAUGCCGGGUUGGGUGAUGUAAAGGUUAUGAGUUUGUCUGGGUUUCCGUGCACACAGACGGUCCGUUAUGAUUUUGUGAUUACCACGAGAGGUGGACGUUGGGAUUUGGUGAUUAGUUAACAGUGACUUAAUGAACACGCUGGGCUUUGUGUGCGAGCCGCGACCCACGCUCGCGUGUACGCGACCGGUAGUCCCUGCACACCGGGCACGCGGGGGGGGGGGGGGGGGGGGACCCGGCACACGUGGUGACCAGUGUUCAAGCCGGUUUAGGACAUCCCUCCUUGGAUCGCGCUGCGCCCAGUUUUUCAGGAUCGGUGUUUUUGGCGCCGCUCAGUCCGUGUGGCCUUGACAUUCACAUUGCCAACAUCACUGCGUGCGUCGCGUGCGCAAUCGUUUUGCCAAAAUUUACACUUUUUUUCUGGCCGAAAGCUCGCUUGACCCUAUCUGGGCGGGUGUCAAAUUGUG